UAGAGGCGGAGACUCCAUCCGAAUCACUACGGGAGAACUGUCUCGUGUUCAGACGGUCCAAAGCAGUGGGAAAAUUAACAAGAUUAAAUCAACAAGUUACUAUAUCAUUUCGAUUCCUAGGCAACGGAAUGCUUACAAUGUGAAGAAAAUGUCAGCGAUAAGUCCCGAUUGGGUGGAGAUCCUGGAGCCACGCUCUCAGGAGCGUAUGUAUGUGAAUUUGGCCACUGGUGAAUGUGGCUGGAACCCUCCCCUGGGCACCCCAGUUCGCCAGGCUGACGGCAACCAGUGGUGGGAGCUUUUUGACCCUCAGAGUGGCCGCUUCUAUUACUACAACUCUGUUGGCCGCCGGACUGUCUGGCACCGACCCCCGGGGGUAGACAUAGUGCCCCUGUCCCAGCUACAGGCUAUGAAGCGCUGUUCUGAGGCCAAGCGAGCCGGAGGGACUGAAGAAGGGCACCAUGAGGCCAGGAGCCCAGGAAGUACCGGCAGCCCGGGACAACGUACCCCACUCCCAGAGAGCCAUGGGGCAGGGAGCCUAGGAAUUAAAGGCAGCCAUAGACAACGCAACCCUCUCCCAGAGCAGAAGACCCCCGUCCCCAAAACCGCUGAGGCCCCCAGUGAGAGAGAGACAACAGAAACUGAGGUGGACAGCAGACCAGCUCAGAGAGAUCACAACUCACCAAGGGAUCCUCAGCCAUGGCAGCCUCCCCCAGGGUCUAAGGCGGCCAUGUUGGUGAAAGUGAACUCUGUCAGCGCGAUCCAGCCUAGCGGCUCGGCUAGCCCGGCCCCACAGCUCCGUCAUCAGAACCAGCACGCCAAACCCGGCGACCACCAAGCCUUCACCCUCGUCCCCGUCAGCAGCAAGCCCCCGGGGACCCACGCCUGCUACGCCCAGGGCUACAAGACCACGCCCCCCGGCAAGAUGAGCGCUGAUGCCCGGCACGCCCACCACCUGAAGAAGACGCUCAACGGCAAUUUGGUCGCGGUGCCCCUGGACCGUCCUCUGACCCCCGGCGGCUACAGAUCCCAGCCUGGCACCCCCAGGCCAGGGUCCCCCCGGCACGCCUCCGCGGUUCCCCUCUACGACCACCCGGGAACAGAGUGCCCGAUCUACGACGAGCCUCCGGUGGACAUGGAGGUGGAAGGGGCUCACCUCCACAACGGGGCGCUUCUGUCCCGGCUCACCCCCACACACAGCCUUCGGAAGCCCCCGCUCCUCCAGCAGCCAGGCCCCUCUCAGUCCGGCUCCGGGCACAAGAGAAACCCCUCCGCCUCUGACUACAGUCCCGCUGGCCUGGAGUGCAUCAAGCACAUGAUCAACGUGGACCCCAAACAGGGUCUCCUGUCCACCUCCCCCGGCCCAACCCGUUCCCCGUCCCCCACCGCCCGACCGGAUCCCUUUUCGCCGCAGUCCCAGGGGCAGCAGAGGGAGCCCAGGUCCCCUGUGAUGCCCGGCACCCUGGAGAAGAAGCAGACCUGGCGGGCCCUGGAGGCCAGCGUGUUGAGGGCCGUCGAGGCUCGCCACAGCAGGCAGGGCAGCCAGGCGUCCCAAGACUUCCCCACGCCCACCGGCUCCCAGGUCGCCCCCGCCUACCAGGACUCCGGCUACUCCACCGGCCCGUCUCCCAGCCUGAGGAGGAAGAGCCGGCGCAGGGCGGGCGCCGGCGGACGACCGGGCUCAGUGGGCAGCAGCGGGGAGCUGUGUGCCCUCAACGAGAGGCUGAUGGCGGAGAUGAGGGAGGUGGUGAGCCGCUCCAACACCAUGAGGGAGAUGAAGGCCGGAGGCCCGGGCGCGGAGACGGGUGAGAGGGGCGCGGUGCCCCGGACGCGCUCCCCCGUGGACCCAUUGCGCUGGUACGAAGGAGGAAGGUGCGCGUCGCGAGAAGACGUCCCCUCCGUCAGCCGCUCGCUAAGCAGGGUGGGUAAUCACGGGAACCCGGCACUGGCGUCGCUGGAGAUGCCCGGCAGGCAGAAGAGGACCUAUGAGAAGGUGGACACCCUGGAGAUGAGCAUCAACAGCCAGACUGGCCACUCUUCACAAGACACCCCCCGACCCCCCUCAGAGGCGGGGAGCCUGGAGCUGAAGGCUCAGUUGGACACCAGGAAGAAAGGCAUGGUGGACGGACGCACAGCCUCCCUGGGCCCCCACCACCAGCGCUCUGUGUCCCAUGACAACCGAGACCACGUAGAGGGUGGCGUGGGUGCAAGAGGAGGGAUCGGGGGCUCCUACCAUCAGCUCUCCUACGCCACCCUGCGCCAGCCCCCGCCCCCGGACACCUCUGGCAUGGCGGACUGGGCCAGCAAGCACCUGAACAUGCACACCCAGGGCCUGUUCCGCCGGCGUGUCUCCAUUGCCAACAUGCUCUCGUGGAACCGCGGCUCCAUCAAGAAGCCCAUGCUGGUGACCAGUGACCGCGCCGUGAGGAAGGAAGCCUGCGAGAUGUUCAAGCUGGUCCAGGCCUACAUGGGCGACCGGCCCUCACGGCUGGACCGCCGCCACGCUGCCCUGCUCGUGGUCACCAAGUGCUGGGGAAUGCAGGGCCUGCGCGACGAGCUGUACGUGCAGCUGGUGAGGCAGACCACGGGCAACACCAGUCCCAGGAGCCUGGCGGCGGGCUGGGAGCUGAUGGCCGUCAGCCUGGCCUUCUUCGCCCCCUCGCCCAAGUUCCGCUGCUACCUGGAGGGGUACAUCCAGAGGCACACGGAGCCCAGCAGCGACAAGAAACGUGAGUCUCAGACCGAGCAACAGGUGACUCAGUUCAUACUAGAGCAGCAGGACAUGAAGCUGAAGAAGAACUCAAAGUCCAGGAAGAAACGCAAGCAGAACACUGAUGAAGAAGGUCUGCCCAUCAGCACAUAUGCCAAGUUCUGCUAUCGCAAACUUCAGAAAGUGUCAAUAACUGGAGGCAAAAAGGGUCUUCGUAAGCCCACUCUGGAGGAGAUUGACCACAGCCGAAGGGCAAUCGUGACCCCCUCCCUGUUCGGCAGCUCCCUGGAUGAGGUGAUGGAGCGUCAGAGUGAACUCUUCCCCGACCGGAAGCUGCCCUGGGUGCAGGUGCAGCUCUCCCAAUACGUGCUGGCGCUGGGUGGGGCGCAGACCGAGGGCAUCUUCAGGGUGCCUGGAGAUAUUGAUGAAGUCAAUGCACUGAAGCUUCAGGUCGACCAGUGGCGGAUCCCAGAAAACCUCUCCGACCCCAAUGUACCUGCCUCCCUGAUGAAGCUGUGGUAUCGUGAGUUGGAGGAGCCUCUCAUUCCAAUGGCCUUCUACAAGCAGUGUGUCAGCAACUAUGACGACCCUGUGGCAGCCAUCGCUGUGGUGCAGUGUCUGCCUGAGCUCAACAGACUGGUGCUGUGUUACUUCAUCCACUUCCUGCAGGUGUUCGCUCAGCCCGCCAAUGUGUCGGUUACUAAGAUGGAUGUGAAUAACCUUGCCAUGGUGAUGGCCCCAAACUGCCUCCGCUGCCAGUCUGAUGAUCCGCGGGUCAUCUUUGAGAACACGCGCAAGGAAAUGUCCUUCCUGCGUAUGCUCAUCGUUCACCUGGAUACUAGUUUCAUUGAGGGUGUUGUGUAGACCGACUCCUGUCUUCCUGACAUCACGCGAGAGUCGCUCUCUUCCACCGCUCGCCGCCGCGUUUCAUUGACCUGUCACCAAGCACCAACACACACUGGAAACGUACAGUAACCAUAUCAGGUUUGGAUAUGGCGUUUGGAUAAAAUCAUAGGAUUUACUUUCGAUCAUCUGGACCCUUUUUUUCUUUUUCAGUUGAAUGAUGUUUUGUGGCUGCAUGUUAAAUCAGAUUUCCAUUUCAGAUCCAUUUAUGGGUGAAUGUGAAGUGGUGGUGUAUUGGAUAUGUGGACUGUGUACCAUGAAGAAGUCCCAGAUGGACAUUGUUCCUUAGUUAUAUCUAUAAAGAAAUAUGACUAUUUGGCUUCUUAUCAGUCUGUCCGGUGUGUGACAGCCUUGAGUUCUUAUAUAACAACAACUGAAAAGUGUGACAUUAAAAAGAAGCUUGCCUGUCACGUUUAUACUUGUCAACAAGAACCUGCAUCAGUCUCACUUCUAUGUUAGUGAGAAACCGCACAACCACAGAGAUUUUGGCUAACUGAAGGGUACAGUCAGUGUCCAUUUCAAAGUGAAAACUGGAAGCAAUAGGAUGGUGUGUUUUAGCUCUUGUGUGAAAUGCCCUUUAUUUGUCCAUGGUCUGCUUAACCGAGUGUGUUCUGCUACAACAACCCUUUGAGAAGAACAAUGUUGUAAAUGCAUUCUGGUGUAUAUACUGUAGUGUGUGUGUGUGUUGGGGGGCAGUCUUUUCUAGGUGGUAUACUUAUCUGAUUGAAAACUGGCAUAAACAAAUGUGUAACUAAAGUACUACUAGCACUACUUUUCUCCACAGAUUUUGUCUCAGGUGUUCUGUUAAACUGGUAGUAAUAACUGCUCUAACUGAAAGUCAGAUUUUCACUUGCUUCCAAACUACGGAUGGGGCACUGCCUCUGUCAGGCACUCUGUAGAUAAGACUCAGUUGAGUCUUUGCUAAAUGUAAAUAAUGCUUGUAAAUAUUAAGAUGUCCAAGUGUAUUUUCAAAUGACCCAGUAAAGGUUUACCUUCCUGUUAAGACAAAAAAAACAGGUGUUUUUGUAA